CUGAAAUGCGAUCGGAACAAGCCCUGCGGCAACUGUGUGGCGCGGAGUACCGACUGUGUCUAUUCAUCCGCCUCCCGCAACCGCCCUGUUGCGGCACAGAGGCGUGAUGGAAAUGCCAAUCUUGAGAAUCGUCUCCGUCGCCUCGAGGAGCUUCUUAAUACAAUGGCGCCUCAAGCGUCGCAACGGGGAAGCAACGGCAGCGCUGCCGCCUCCGCUCGUGGGCAGAACGACCGCGAGAAAGGAGGUUCUCCUGAGGAUGACUCGAGUCUCCAAUCGGAUCCGUCCAACCUGUCCGACGUGAAGCCUGGCCGCAUGAUGUCAAGCGACAGUCAAGUAGCCUAUGUGUCCAGCACCCACUGGGCAGCUCUCUGCAACGAGGUGGCAGAACUCCGUGAAGGUCUUGAGCAAACCAAUUUGGCGGAGCACACAGACAAUGCUGAAAUUUCAUAUGGCUCUGGACCUAUGCUCUUGGAUGGCCUUCAAAGACCGCCAGAGCUGAAAGACAUUCUGUCCGGUAUCCCGCCACGCGAGGUUACCAAUAGGCUGGUAUCCCGUUAUUUUACCUCCAAUGUCAUUUCACUUGUAAUUCUCCAUGCGCCGACUUUCGAGAAGGAGUACAUCCGCUUUUGGAAUGACCAGGAACAGGUUCUACCUGCCUGGCUGGCCGUCCUUUACGGGGUGUUGGCAAUGGGAUCCUUCCUCUUUUUAAGAGCUCAAGAAGACCUUCCAGGAGACCUGGGAAACACUUUGAUUGCCAUCGAAGCAUUCCAACGCCGCUCCACAGAAUGCCUCAUGCUGUCCAACUACUCUUGCUCACCUGGGCCCUACACUAUGGAGGCUCUUGCAAUGAACACCCAAAUCGAGUUCGUGCGGAGACGUGAUGCCAGUGUCGGGGUUUGGGUCCUGAUGGGUGUUGCUAUCCGUCUGGCUCUACGGAUGGGAUACCACCGGGACCCUUCGCAUUAUCCCCAACUAUCCGCUUUCCAAGGCGAGAUGAGACGCCGCGUAUGGGCUCUUACGUUGCAACUUGACGCGCUCACAUCGUGCCAGAUCGGUCUCCCUCCCAUGAUCAACCAGGCACAAUGUGAUACCCAACAGCCGCGGAAUCUGCUCGAUGAGGAUUUCGGACCUGACCAUGCCCAGCUCCCGCCUUCGCGGCCCGAGACCGAGCUCACCCCCGUGCUGUACACCAUCACUAAGACUCGGAUAUCAAACGUCUUCCGGACCAUCUUCAACCACGCCGGCCUUGGGCGAGUAGAUUCUUACAAUCAGAUUAUGGAGCUGGACCAACGUCUCAACACCACAAUGCAGUCCAUCUCGCCUCGUCUUAAAUUAACAAGCCUCGAGGACUCUGUCUCCGUCCCGCCCUGGCUCCUGAUCCACCGAUAUAGCCUGGAGCUGUUGAGCUUGAAGGCCCGUUGUAUCUUGCAUCGAUACUACAUGACGCAGGCCUACUCCGAUCCCAAAUACAACUAUUCGAGGGUUUCGUGCGUCGAGGCUGCAAUGUCGAUCCUGAAAUACCACGGCCAGAUCUUGGCUGAGACCCAAGACGGCGGCCUCCUAUGCCAACACAAAUGGUUCCUGUCCUCACUGGAACUCCACGACUUCCUGCUCUCUGCCAUGGUUGUUUGCCUCGAGCUCAGUUUCCGCGCACGCGCCAAGUCAGGAUCCGGAGGCGGCCAGAGCCCCGUCAAGUUCAGCAGAGAGGAGCUGGUCGGCUCGCUUCAGCGCUCGCAGAUUCUCCUGGACACGCUCAAGGUCCACUCCAGUGAUGCUAGAAAGGCGUCAGUUGCUCUUGCUGUCAUGGUGAAGAACUUUACGCAGCCCCAGAAGCCCCAGGAGGAGUCGUCCGAGCCGAGGGAUCAGUAUGGCAACAGCGGCAAUUUGCCUCUUUAUCCUAGUGAAGCGGAAUCUAUUUUGGGAUCCAUGUCCUUUGAUGAACCGUAUCUUCCAUCUGAAGCUAUCCAAACAUCUCACCCGGCAUUUAGCUCGUCCCUUGAAGGGGUUGGGACCUUUUUCAAUACCUCGGAGAUUAUCGAUUGGGAUCAAUGGGAGGCGUUUGUGCAAGGAUCUCGCAGCACUACAGACUCAUUCUAA